CUUUCCGACCCUCCUACGCAACUCUAAUCGGUCCUAACGCUGGGGAUGCUCACCCUUCUGGCCUCCAAUUUUAUAUAUCCUGCCUGCAUCCUGCUGCUCUGCUAAACCUUUUUCUCUUCUUUUCCCAUCUAUUCUCCAUACCCAAAAAAAUAUACCCCAGACGAACAGAAAAAUAAGAGGACAAGAUGUUCGCCCGCUCUGCCGCUGCCCGUCUUUCUCAGGUCUCAAAGCACGUCCAGCCUACUCAGGCUCGGUCGAUUGCCAAUGCGACCAAGUUCAAGCUCAACACUGGCGCUGAUAUUCCCGCUCUCGGUUUCGGUACCUGGCAGGAUGUUGGCUCCCAGGAGUCUGCUGUUGCCGACGCCUUGAAGGCUGGCUACCGUCACAUUGACACUGCCCGAAUUUACGGCACUGAGCACGCUGUUGGCAAGGCCAUCCGUGAGAGCGGUAUUGACCGCAGCGAAAUCUUCUUGACCACCAAGCUGUGGAACAACGAGCAGCACCCCGAUGAUGUCGAGCCGGCUCUCGACGACUCGCUUCAGCAGCUCGGCCUCGACUAUGUCGACCUCUGGCUCAUCCACUGGCCCUCGCCUUUUGCUCGGGGCAAGGACCCCAUGCCCAAGGGCCCCGACGGCAAGAUCAAGAUUGACCGCAGCAUCGACUUCAUUGACACUUGGAAGGAAAUGGAGCGUCUGCAAAAGUCCGGCAAGGCCAAGGCUAUCGGUAUCUCCAACUUCUCCAAGGCCGAGCUCGACCGUCUGCUGGAUCAUGCCACCAUUGUUCCCGCUGCUCACCAGCUUGAGCUUCACCCUUACCUCCAACAGCCCGAGUUCACCGAGUACAACAAGAGCAAGGGUAUCCACAUCACCCACUACAGCCCCUUUGGUAACCAGAACGAGCUGUACGCCGGCAAGCACGUCACCAAGCUCAUCGAGGACCCCGUCCUGACCGAGAUUGGCGCCAAGUACAACAAGAGCGCCGCUCAGACCGCUCUCGCCUGGGGUAUUGCCCACGGCCACAGUGUCUUGCCCAAAUCCAAGACUCCCUCGCGCAUCGUCGCCAACUACGAGGGUGACUUUAAGCUCGAGCCCGAGGACGUCCUUGCCAUUGACAACAUUGACAAGAAGCUCCGUUUCAACGACUCUUCCGAGGCCUUCAACUACCCCUUCUUCACCGACUUGGACGGCAAAUAAAUGAUUUUGACUUAGAGGUAGAAGGUCAAAAGGAUUUUAUCGGGGAUUGU